AUGGCGUUCAUGGUGAAGACCAUGGUGGGCGGCCAGCUGAAGAACCUCACCGGGAGCCUGGGGGGCGGCGAAGACAAGGGGGGCGGGGAGAAGUCGGCGGCCGAAGCGCAGGGCAUGACCAGGGAGGAGUACCAGGAAUACCAGAAGCAACUGCUGGAAGACAAGAUGGAGCGGGAUGCCCAGUUCACACACAGGAAAGCCGAGAGGGCUACGCUGCGGAGCCACUUCCGUGACAAAUACCGGUUGCCCAAGAACGAGACAGAUGAGAGCCAGAUCCAGCUGGCCGGUGGGGACGUGGAGCUGCCCGUGGAGCUGGCCAAGAUGAUUGAGGAGGACACAGAGGAGGAGAGCGCCUCCGUCCUCGGGCAGAUGGCCAGCCUCCCGGGCCUGGACAUUGGCUCACUCAAGGACAAGGCCCAGGCCACGCUGGGGGACCUCAAGCAGUCGGCUGAGAAGUGCCACAUCAUGUGAUGUAACCGUGUCCCCGAGGUUGCCCACGGGCUAACCGGAGGGCUGGGCGCCCAC